GACACAUUUGUCUCUGUUUGAGAGUCUGUCAAAGUAGCCGCGGGAUAAACGAAAAUAGGUGCAAUUUAUACGUAAUUUAUUUUGUUUUUAGAUAUUUGUUAUUAUCAGUUGUAUUCUGUUAUGAUGUUUAGUUAACUGUAUUGGCAGUUUUUACUGUUGCGUAUAAUACAAAAGCGUGGUUAAGUGUAAACAUAGAUUUGUGUAGUAUUGUGUUGUGAUCGUAUACAUACAAGAUACAUGAUAGAUGGCGAAAGCAACGCCGACCGGCAGGGCCAGUGUUGAGGUGUGUCUCAACAUCGAUUUUAUGCGCUCCUUAGUGAAGCAAUACUUUGAAUUGGGCCAAUGGACCAGUGCUUUCUUCUGGGCAGAUGCAGCAGCUGCUGCAGCUGGUGGAGGGCCAGAGGGUGCAAGUGGAGACGAUGUGUGGCUCCUGGCAAGUGCUAUGCUCGCUAGAGGGGAGUUCCAUAGAGCUGCUCAUGCUGUCACCUCCAGGAAUUUGCACAAGCGACAUUUGUUAUGCCUGGGUGUUGCGAUGCGCGCCCACCUAGCAGCUCGGGAACCGUCUGCAGCCCUCACCAUCUUGGACGAGUGUGACCCUAUGCUGCUUGAACCAAAGAACACGGACCAAACACACAAUCGAGCGCUAGCGGCGGUGCUGGUGACGCAGGCGCGCGCGUUGUCUGCUCUGGAGCGGCGCGAGGCGGCAGCCGAGGCGCUCGCCACCGCGCUGCGAGCUGACUGCGCUUGCUACGAGGCACUCGACUUGCUACUGGAGCAGCACGCAUUAACGCCUAGGCAAGAGAGCGAGUUAAUCGAGUCGCUGCCGAUCAGCAGUCAGCUGAGCGCGGCGGAGGGGGCGCUGGUGCGCGGCGCGUACGCGGAGCGAUUCCGCCGACACGCGCCUGCGCCCUCCGCGCCGCUCGCACACCACGCGCCCGGAGACGAUUGUCCGAUCGCGGCCGCGGCGGAGGCGGUGCGCUCGCGCACGCUGGAGGCGGCGGGGUGCGUGGCGCGGCGGCUGUCGGCGGCGUGUCGCUGGGGCGCGGCGCUGGCGGCGCUGGGGGGCGCGGACCCGUGGUGCUGCGCCGACGUGCGCGCGGCGUGCCUGGUGGAGCUGCGCCGCGCCUCCGACCUCUUCGCCUUCGCGCACGACCUGGUUGAUGCCUAUCCAAAUAAUUGGACCUCGUGGUUUGCUGUCGGGUGCUAUUAUUAUCUUAUAGGCAAAAGCGAGCUAGCGCGGCGGUAUCUGAACAAGGCGAAGAGCCUGGAGCCGGGCGCGGGGUGCGUGUGGGUCGCGUACGGACACAGCUUCGCCGCUGACAAUGAACAUGAUCAGGCCAUGGCAGCCUACUUCAAGGCUAGUCAGCUAAUGAGCGGGUGUCACCUGCCGCCGCUGUACGUGGGCGUGGAGUGCUCGCUGUUGAACAACGUGUCCAUGUGCGAACGUUUCUUGUAUCGAGCCGCUGCACUACACAACAAUGCAGAGAGCGCACUAGACGCGGUGCACGAGGAGAGCGACGCGGAGAACCGCAGCGGCUGGGAGCGCAUCGCGGCCAUCGUGCGCGAGCCACACGUGGCGCACGAGGCCGGCGCGGGCGCGUACGCCGCGGGAGAGUACGCCGCCGCGCACCGCCUGUGGCUCUGCGCCCUGCACGCGGCGCGCGACGGCCGCGACACCGACGACGUGGACGCGGCCUGGGCGCCCACGCUGGACGCGCUGGGCCACGCCAGCCGCGCGCUGGGCCGCCCCGAGGAGGCGCUGCGCUGGCACGAGCGCGCGCUGGCGCUGCGGCCGGGCCGCGCCGCCUCGCUGGCCGCGGCCGCGCUGGCGCUGGCGCUGCUGGGCCGCGAGCCCGCCGCCGCCGACGCGCUGCACGCCGCGCUCGCCAAGGACCCCGACGACGCCGUGGCGCAGGCGCUGCUCGACGCCAUACUCGACAGGCUCGACGCCCAGCUCACUGAGGAAGAAAUCCCGCAGUUCCCAUUCCCGGAGGUGAACAUCACGACGCCUGCGCCGGCGACGCCCGCGCCCACCGACGCGGACGCUACCAACACGUCCGACAUGAGCAUGAGCUUCGACUGAACCACUGCAACCACGGCCCCAUAACCUACCACGACAACAAGCAACCGCGCAAUCAAGCAAUCUAGAGACUGUACAAGGCGUAUAUUAAUAUAAGAGUAAAUAUUCAA